AUGGGCCUAAUAAAAUCUCAUUUUAAUUCAUCCAAACAAUGGCCGGUUAUAAUUAAAAUGUCUGAUGCCUUCAAAACCUUCCUUGAAAGUAAAUACGGAAAUGCCACCCCAGAAACUUUAAAGCACCCUUUCUGUGAGCAAACAAAAUAGUUUUGUUUGCCAGAGAGAGGGAAUAAUUUUAUAAACUUUAUAUAUACAUUUCCACAGUAAAAUCUUUUGAUCUAAAUUUAAAACAAUAUCAGUAAUUGAGGAGUAAAAAUUAAAUUCAAUUUGCAAAAUUUAUGUUUUAUAAUAAGUUGCACAUAUUUCUUAAUGUACAACGGAUACUAAAAUGCUAGCUGUUUAAAAUUACUAGAAUUAGCUAGAGAUUUCAUUAUAUAAGUUAUCAUAUAUAUCAAAAUAUUUUUUUCAUAAAAAAUUUUUGUUCGUUCAUAGAGAGUGGAAUUUUGUCCAAUCGCUAUGAAUUUGCUCGCUCACGGAGGGAUAGUAAGGGAAUUUGUCCAAGGUUUGAAAUCCACAUCAGGCACUUCAGCUGGCCUUAGCAGACUCUCUAGAGCUAUCUUUGAAGUUGCAUCUCGACAUGUCCAGUUAGAUGCUGACAAAGAAGCUUUGAGAUGGCUUGAGGCUUACGUGUUAGCCCUUCAAGAGAACCUAAUGCGCCCUCUUCCUAAAGCAAGAGAAGCUUUGUUCUUCCCAGACCCUGCCAGCGAACAAAGGUUAAUUCAAUGGCUUGAUAGAGCUCAGAGAGAAUUAUACGUGUGUGUCUUUACUAUCACAAAUAAUCAUCUUAGAGAUGCAGUCACAAGAGCUCAUGACAGAGGCGUCGCCGUUAAAGUAAUUUCAGAUGACGAAUGUAUGAAGCAAAUCGGCUCAGAUAUUCAAUACAUCAGAGAUCGUGGAAUUCCAACAGAAACUGACACAAAUCCUGAUGCUCACAUGCACAAUAAAUUUGUUGUUAUUGAUAAAGAAAUCUUGAUUACUGGAAGCUUCAACUGGACUGUUCAAGCCGUUAAUGCAAAUCAAGAAAAUUUAGUUGUGGUUCAUGAUCCUGAGAUAUGCCAGCAGUAUAUCACUUAUUUUGAUAACUUGUGGGCUAGCUUCAGGCCUGUAGAAGUCAGCCAAACACAAGCUGCAGUAAGAAUCCAAGCUAAUUUCCGAGGUCACCAAGCAAGAAAGGGAAAUAAGAUUUAA